AUGGCAGAAGCUCGUCCGCCGGCGUUUCUUCCUCCGCCGCUAAUGAACCACCCGCCACCUCAUUUGCAGCCGGUGGGGAACUUGACGCAUUUUCCCAAUUAUACAGACGGCAACGGUAACCAAAACUCGACGCUUUUGAUUCGUCAUCUCCCCGAAGCAAUCCCUCACGACACGCUUUCUCGACUCUUAUCUCACUACGGCGCCUCUUCUGUUCGCCCUUGCACUCAUGGCAGAAUGAAGAACUGCGCAUUUGUGGAUUUCAAGAAUGUAGCCUUGGCAUCUCAAGCACAACAACAAUUGCAUGGGUUGAGAUUUCUUGGCCAAGUCUUGUCAGUAGAGAGAGCUAGUGCACAAAAUAAAGAUGAUACGGGCAAAGAGAUUGAAAAUCGAUUUGGAAGUGUUUGUGGCUCAAUGACGAAGGACGGUUCUGUACCCAAGGAUCAAAGGGACUUGCCCAAGUCCAACUCCUCUCUCAUUAGGGAGCCAAUUGCUGAAAGACUCGGUGUGGAUUAUCCCUUUCCUCCUCACCUUGAGUAUGAAUACCCCCCUCCAGAUGGGAAUAUCCUCACAAACAUUGUAAAUGCUCUUAUUGCGGUGCCUCGGUUCUAUACACAGGUAUUGCAUUUGAUGAAUAAAAUGAAUAUACCAGCUCCAUUCCGUAUGGCACUUCCUACGCCACCACUGCCAAGUGCUUCACAUGUUCCUCCUCCAGCCCCUCCAUUGCCACCACCUAUAGCUGAAAGAAUGAGCAUGGAAGUUUGUUCAAGUAGUGAAUCAGAAAUGGAGUCAUCAGAGGAGGAAUCUCCUGGAGUUGUAGGAUCAAAACGCAAGCGUAUCAAGCGACAAACCAUCAUAGGCCCUGCAAUUGAUGAAGACGUGCCUCAUGAGGCUGCUGGAUUGAAACGGGCUACUUUACUACCAAAAGAAAUACCAUUAGUUAAAAAGAACAACCCUGUGCUACAAAUCAAAUUAACAAAUAAAGUGAUUCAGAAUGAACAAAUGAGUGACACAGGUGGCGAGAAUGUAGUAACACCAGAUAAAGAAGAUAUCGAACAUCCGCCAUAUGCUACUGUCGAAGAAAUCAAGAGUGGCAAACUGCCUCCAGAGGAGAUUUUGUCACUGUCUAUGUUUAAGAAUUACGUUGCUGGGAAUCCUUCUCCAGUGUUGUAUAUUAAGAAUCUAGCAAAGGAUGUGGUAAAUGAUGACUUUUACUUCGUCUUUGGAUCAUUAUUUGGAAGCAUAGAUGUGGCAAAAUCUAGCCUCGUUGUGAAAUUAAUGCAGGAAGGAAGGAUGAGAGGACAAGCAUUCAUCACAUUCCCAUCUGUGGAACUUGCCCAAAGUGCUCUGAAUCUAGUUAAUGGAUACGUCUUCAAAGGCAAGCCCAUGAUUAUCCAAUUUGGUCGUAAUCCUGGAGCCGCCAAAUUGAGUUGA